UAUUUCUUCUGAAACGCGUCUUUCAUUUCCCAGCACUUCAUUGAAUGAGUCUGUGCUUCUGCUUUGAGAGCUUCUGGCCGAGCCACCCGACUGCUGGUUUAUCUUCUCCGACACACACCCUCCCACUGGGGAAGUGUCACUCCGCACCCCCCUCCACCUCUUCAUUCCUGCUGACUCCUUGCUCACCCUCUCUUCUCUCGCAUCACCCCUCUCUGGAUGCCAGUGGCUUCUAGUCAUGGAGCAGACCACAGUCACAGACCAACCAAGGACGUCAGUCACCAAAGCCUCGGCAUCAGCGGUUCAAGCAGAGGAAGUAAGGGGCCUCACCGCAGGAAAUAAAAACGACUUGGGGUCACACAAUGUCCCUGCAGUGACAGAUACCGUACUCACUCAGCCCGGCCUCGGCAUCACCACGACAACCAUCACCACCAUCACACAGACGGGGGGAGACUGGAGCACUGGCCUGUUUGACAUCUGCAGAGACAAGCCUACAUGUGUUCUCGGGGCCAUGGUGCCGUGCUGUUUGGACCUGAGUUUAGCUCACCAAUAUGGUGAGUGUCUGUGCAUGCCUCUGCUGCCAGGAUCCACUUUUGCCAUGCGUGUUGGGAUCAGGGAGCGGUACAAGAUUCGGGGAAGUGUGUGUGAGGACUGGACCACAGUGCAUUGCUGUUACCCUCUGGCUGUAUGUCAGAUGAUAAGAGAGAUGAAGCGGAGGAUGAAGACACAGACCUAUCAUGUGUCAACUGCCCUCGAAUGCUCCUGAAAAAACUCAAGACAGUCAAUGAGGCCUGGCCUUUUACAAUGAGACUUUUUUGAGGGUCCAACUGAGAUUACUGGUGUUUUGUAUGUACAGCACAAAGAAUCAUUACCAUAAGGUUUUAGAUGCCCCUGGGGAUGAAAAUGAAUCAAGCCCCUACAACAUUUGAAGAAGACUGGACAGAACGUUUUUUUAAACAGCAAAAGAAUCCAAAAGUCUGAGUCAGUAUGAGCUUAAAUCUGCCUCUGGGGUGCAUGGAUAGCUCAGUUGGUAGAGCCGGCGGACAUAUAUAGCGUACUCGAGUGUACUCCUCGAUGCAGCAGGCGGGUUUGACUCUGACCUACGGCCCAAUGCUGCAUUUAAUUCCCCCUCCCUACCACCUUUUUAGUUUUUCAGCUUUUGCCUAAAGGCCUAAAAAUGCCCCAAAAAAUAUAAAAAAUAAAUAAAAAUACUGCCUCUGAGGUUUUAAGAUUGUAACUGCAACCUAAACUUUAAUUUCUGUUGGACUUCUAUUUAGAGAGGAUAUUGUGGAUAAACUUGGUACCAAUAUUCUACUUUUUUUUGCGGAGGCAAGAACUCAUCAGCUACAUUUUGAGGUAGGAGAAAAGCAGGUGGCAAGACACGCUUUUUUGGUUUCAGUAGCUGUCACUGUCGGCACUAAACAUCUGGUACAACUCUGUCAGAAACUUUCAAAAACCAGCCAACUUUCUUUAAUUCUGAAUAUGUCAACAUGCACUCAAUUCAUUAUCUUAACCCUAUAAAGGCAGUUUCAGCUUUUGAAAACUGAAGUAUGUUUGGCAAUUUUAUUCAAGAUACAGCCAUAAUUAUAGUCCUCAAACCCAGUUGAACAUGAACAUGAACUGUAUAGUGUAAAACCUUUUGAGUAGUUUGAGGCAUAAAAUCAUUAUUAAUGUAUUUCUAUAAAAACCUCUGCAACCACAAUGUAAUGGAGGUAAAUGGUUGUUAGAGCUUCUCAAAAACAAUGAAAAUUGUGAUUUUUAGAAACUCAGGAGUAAAUUAUAAUUCCGAAAACAAUGUGUUUUGGAUAUUUAAUGUAGCUCACUGUCAACAGUUUUUAGGGUCAAUCUAUUCAACAGAAAGUGGUCCAACUGAAGUGAUUAAAAGUGAAUUGGGUGAACCAACCCUUUAAUUUUGUCUCGUAUUCCAAAGGUCACCAGGCAACAUGUUCAGUUUCUCUCAGACAUGAAGGGAAUGAGGCAACUUAAAACUUUCUAGACCUUGAGGCACACAUUUAUGAAAUGGGGACAUAACAUAACAUUCGGCACAAUAUCUACAAAUCAGACUAAUACAUCUAAUUUCCAGUGUCACAUUUCAAACUAAAUCCAAGUAAAGCCAGAGAAGCACAGUAAAGCCUUGUCAUUUGGUUUCUUAAGUAAACCUGGAUGGUUUUAUUUAUUUGAGCGUGUGCAACUCUCUUUAGUAUGCUGAACCACUUGUCUGAUUACCCAGCAAACAGGUUGCAGUAUAGCUCCAAUUACAGUCAGUCAGUUCAAGUACAGUUUGAUGAUAAUAAAGCCCAUUUCCAUAUUUCUGAUAU